GGCGGAGCCUGAGGUGGGCGGGGCCUGAGCCCGAGGUCCUCCCCGGCCGCAGCGACGGCACCGCGCAUUUCGGACUCGGCACCCUGCACCCGUCCGAGGAGGAGACAUCAUGGCAACGACAACUUGUACACGCUUCACCGAUGAACACCAACUGUACGAGGAGCUUGGCAAGGGGGCCUUUUCAGUGGUGCGACGCUGUGUCAAACUCUGCACAGGCCAAGAGUACGCCGCCAAAAUCAUCAACACCAAAAAACUCUCAGCCAGAGACCACCAGAAACUGGAGAGAGAAGCCCGCAUCUGCAGAUUGCUCAAGCACUCCAACAUUGUUCGUCUCCAUGACAGCAUCUCGGAGGAAGGCUUCCACUAUUUAAUCUUUGACCUGGUGACAGGAGGGGAGCUGUUUGAGGAUAUUGUGGCUAGAGAAUACUACAGUGAAGCAGAUGCCAGUCACUGUAUUCAUCAGAUUCUAGACAGUGUGUCUUACACCCACCAACAUGACAUAGUGCACAGGGACCUCAAGCCGGAGAACCUGCUGCUGGCCAGCAAGUGUAAGAACGCAGCGGUGAAGCUGGCCGACUUUGGACUGGCAAUCGAGGUUCAAGGAGACCAGCAGGCAUGGUUUGGCUUUGCCGGGACCCCCGGCUACUUGUCCCCAGAGGUGCUGAGGAAGGAGGCGUAUGGCAAACCCGUGGACAUCUGGGCAUGUGGUGUGAUCCUGUACAUCCUCUUGGUUGGCUACCCUCCAUUCUGGGACGAGGACCAGCACAAACUCUACCAGCAGAUCAAAGCUGGAGCGUAUGAUUUUCCCUCCCCAGAGUGGGACACGGUGACUCCUGAGGCAAAAAAUCUGAUCAACCAGAUGCUGACUAUCAACCCGGCCAAGAGGAUCACUGCCCAGGAGGCUCUGAAGCACCCAUGGGUCUGCCAACGCUCAACGGUGGCCUCCAUGAUGCACAGGCAGGAGACAGUCGAGUGCCUGAAGAAGUUCAACGCCAGGAGGAAACUCAAGGGCGCCAUUUUGACCACCAUGCUCGUCUCCAGAAACUUCUCUGUGGGUCGGCAGACGACAGCCCCAGCUUCCAUCAGCGCAGUGGCUGGAACCACUGCUGGCAUCGUGGAACAAGCAGCCAAGAGUCUGCUCAACAAGAAGGCUGAUGUCAAGCCCCAGACAAACAGCACGAGAAACAGCAUAGUCACCAGUCCCAAAGGCAACAUCUCUUCUGCUGCACUGGAGCCUCAGACUACUGUGAUCCACAAUCCAGUAGAUGGGACCAAGGGAUCAUCAGACAGCAGCAACACGACUAUUGAGGAUGAAGAUGUGAAAGCUCGCAAACAAGAGAUCAUAAAGAUCACAGAGCAGCUCAUCGAGGCUGUCAACAACGGGGACUUUGAGGCCUACGCGAAGAUCUGCGACCCUGGCCUGACCUCGUUUGAGCCCGAGGGGCUCGGCAACCUGGUGGAGGGAAUGGACUUCCACAGAUUUUACUUUGACAAUCUCCUCUCCAAGAACAGCAAACCCAUCCACACCACCAUCCUCAACCCUCACGUGCACAUGAUCGGAGAUGAGGCCGCCUGCAUUGCCUACAUCCGCCUGACACAGUUUGUCGACGGGCAGGGCCGCCCACGCUCCAGCCAAUCAGAGGAGACCAGGGUGUGGCACCGCCGGGACAGCCGGUGGCAAAACGUCCACUUCCACUGCUCAGGCGCUCCUGCUGCCCCGCUGCAGGGAUGAGGUUUGCGAGACACAAUUUGAACAGGGAGGCAGAGAGGAGCGGACCGGGGAUGAGUCGAUGAUCGGCGAGGAAGGGAGAGACGGAGGGCGCGGGUGGAUGGAGGGCGACUUAAAGGCGUCUGCAGAGUCAGAGACCUCCUGCGCUCCGCGCAGCCCGCCUCGCUCUCCUCUCUCCCUGUCUCCCCACGACCUCGACGACGGACGGCGACAGCGGCGCGCUCAUUGCCACAAUCCACAGUACAGCAGGGGGCAUAUCCGUCGGGCCACUGCGGGGAAACUCUUUCAUCGGCGCGCGGCUGCGGUCCGACACUGCAGAGCCCCUGGACGACGCCCGUCCUCCCAGUGAAGGUUCCCUCUCAAACAUAGCGCUUCUCGUCUCCUUCCCUCCAGUAUUGUUACGGCCGCAGUCUGUCGUUGUGCUCUUUCAACUGUACAGUAUAGUUAUUAGUCAUUCUAAACCUUUCCUCCUGGUGUCUCCUCCUUUUUUUUAUGACGAGCAUGACUCCUACCCGCUGUUCUCAUUGCCAGUGGCUGUUUUUUUUCCCCUGCACGACUAAAGCUGCCUGUGUGAAAUGAACAGUGCUACACGUCUCACAGAGAGACCGGGGGGGGGCGUAUUUAAUUAUCCCUUUUGUUUUGUUACUGAACAGAGUUGGGGGGGGGGGGGGGGUUUGGUCUCGGGAGUGUAGUUGACCCCGAAACCGACGCCCCCGCGUGUUAACCGGGCCCCUCUGUGAGACAGUGAAAGCCGUACAGCAUGCAAAGAUGUUACUGUCAUUCUUAACCAAUUCUCUGUGUACUAAACAUUAGCUGUCGAACGAUGAUGACAACGGUUGAAUUUCUAGUAUCACUGCUGUUUAUAUGAACUUCCAGUUUCUUCGUGGUGACUUAACUGCAAUUUUGCUGUAGAUGGUAUUUAAUUGCAUGACAUUCCAAGUUGAUACGUCGGUGAGUUGGGUAUUAUCGUGCUUUUUUUUUUUUUUUUUUCUCCCCCUUCCUUUUGGACUGAGAUGCUGGUGAUCUUUACUCCACUGCUUCUUUUUUUCUGGGCUUUGUGGGUGCAUAAAACUCUCCUUUUUGUGUUCAUGUCAUAGUGUAGUUAUGAGGAUGCAGGUGGGGAUGAUGACAGAAUAUGACUUUUUUUAAGAAACUGCUGGGCACAGAUCAGAUGGCUCUUCAAUUUUCAUUUCAAAAAUCGGAGACAAAACAGGAUUAAUCAAUUCAAUCAUUCAGAAUCAAAUCAGAGCUGGCCGGGCUCCGCGUCGGUGUCGAUCGCUUAUGUUGUUUACUUUGAGCAUUUCAAAAUGCACCUUUUUGCGUCACAUUCCUAAAGAAGAGACUUGACCAGAAGAGAUGCUAUGUGUAUUAAAAAUGAAGGUUAUCAAUGUAUCAAGGAUUUGUAUGCAGGGUUUUAGAAAUAACGAGGUCUGAAACAUUUCACCUGAUACCAAAGGCAAAUUAUCCAAAUUGUUAACUCUUUGAAUUAAAAAAAACUCUUACAGUUCAGUAACUUAACAGGUCAGUUGUGUUGUCUGUGAGCUCCAUUAAUCGUAUUUUUGAGUUCAUCAAAGUGCAUUUUUAGAGUAUUUAAUCUUUUUCAAUGGAUCAUUUAGCCAAAAGUAUCAAUCCCUAGAGGAAUACGUAAUCUUUUAAGCAACUACAUUCUUUUUUUUUCAUUAUAAAGUAUCAUGUGACAAUAUGCAUUAACAACCCGCACCACAACACAAACUAUUAUUCCAAGCAGAGCAUUUAAAAAAAAAACCCACAUAUCUAUUGGCCCCAGACAAAACUCUGCCACACUCAAGGAUAAGCUGUAUGGCUAACGGAUACAUUUAUCUGCAGAAUAAAAAUAAAUUAAAAUUGGACAUAGGGGGUUUUCACUGUACAAACUGCCAGGUACAAUUCUGGUGGGAAAAAACAAAAAGGUUAAUUGUUCUAGAGAUUGACCAAAUUGAAUAUACUGAGUCUAUGAAAUAUGGGAUUUAGCCAUUCAAACAAUUUCCACUGACAUUAUAGACUGUAAAAUCUUUCCAAGAGAAAGAAACUCAGUUCCCUCAACUGUCUAUAUUCAGACCCUUGUGGUGUACAUGAAUCUCUCCUCAGGGGAGCGCCAACAUCCAACAACGGAAUUGUAUGGCAGGAUUCAGAACACUAGUGUGAUCAGUGCUGACUUCUGCAUCAAGGUGUUGUGUCUGUGAGAGUGGGGCGCUUGAGUCUGACAGCACGUGAGCAGAAAAACAAGGAGAGACUGAUUCAGACGGACCACCAAGGAUGACCAGGAAAUCGUCUAUUUAAUUUACUGAAUAUGCUGUCUUACUGUAAAUAUAGAUCAAUAUAGAGUCUGACUGUCACAAUGAUGUUGUUCUCUGCAUCAAUUCACUCUCGGCUCUGUAGCUCUGUAUUAUGUUUAUUUGAGAUAACAAACCGUAGAAAUUUUCAUUAUUUCAAAUGUUUAAUGACCCAAAAAAUAGAGUACAGAAAAAAGAUUUGUGCAAUACCGAACCACAGCGUACACUGCUGUAAGCACACUGGUGGAUUUUUAUUUGAUUUUUUUCCCCAGUACUGCCAUUCGCAUUAAAUGUAUGGCCAUAUGAAGUCAUUAUCCCUAACGCUGCGAUGCUGCUCGCCUGAUGUUUUUAAGUGUGGUGAAAUGUUUAGCAUGCAUUUAUUGAAGGGUUUUCAUAAUAUAAUAUACUUCACUUAUACAGCUCCUGUCUGAGCAGAGUCAAGAAGUGCUUUACAUUGGGAAAAAGAAUAUUAAAACAAUUCAGCACCACAGGUAAACAAAUAAAACAUGGAACUGGGAAAAAAAA